GAGAGGGCCAAAGUCUGCAAGGAGUGUUCAGUAGCAAAGCAAGUCCAGUAGUUAGAUUAAGCACGUCUAGAGUAGCAAGUCAAGCAAGCAGUUCUAAUUCUUCUCGCUCCUGUCGGUGGACCAGACCAGACACUCCCGCAAGACCAGAGGCGAACUGCACUCGACAUUCUGAGUGCUCUGCAUCGUGUCGACCAUCUAAUGCCAUUCACCUAUUCACACAUCCACACAUCCACACAUCCACCACGUUGCAUCUAUUUGAGAAUCCUCCAUCUUCCUCAUUCACAACACCGUACUCCACGCGCAACCAGAGACAGUACUUCUCACAUUUCCAAUAAGACACGCCCGAACUUUAUCCGAAAACGCAAGAGAUCAUCUCCUGUCUAAUACGAAGUAAUCACCUCGGAUAAAGGAUAAAGCAUCUUUGCAGAGGAACACAGUCUACCAGAGAACACUAUCUAUAUCUAGUUUAUCGUUGUUCACAUCCUUCCAACUCAGCAAUAUGAGCUCGACGUCAGAUUGGAAACAUGAUCUGAACGCUUCUGACCGAUAUGAUAAUAUCUCAAAGCUAAAGAAGUAUCUCUCGGUGGGUGGUCUUGGCGGUAACACUCAGAAAACUGCAUUUGAAAUCGAAGCAGAGGCUUAUAAUUCUUCGUCAUCAAGAGCCGCCUACGAUGAUUUGUGCAAUCCUACCCAGCCAAAUGAUGAAGUCUGUUUGUCGACAACAUUUCCACCACCCAAAAGCCCCGGUAUCACCAUAGGAUCUUAUAAAAACUGUCACCAUAUAUCUAGUGGUGCUGUCUCUCAAGUCUAUAGGUGCGAUACUGAAGAGGCUUCCCAUGCUUUAAAGGUGAUAACAGAAACUCAUAACAUGGAGCCACAUUCUCCUGCUCGUGAAAUUGCUAUCCUCAAGAAGCUCUCUCAUCCCUCGAUAAUAACACUUCUCACAACAAUAUACGAUCAAGAAUCAAGAUUAGUUCUGAUAUUGCCAUAUAUGCCACACACAUUAACAGACCUGCUAUCGAAAAGUAGCAAUGGUCUGAACACACGCACGACCAAAAAGAUCUUCAAACAAGUGUUAUCCGGGCUCGCAUACCUUCAUGCAGAACACAUUAUUCAUCGUGAUAUAUCACCAUCCAAUAUUCUUUUGCCUCAGGAUAUCGAUGGUCAAAGUUCCAUUGUCAUCACCGAUUUUGGCACCGCAUGGCACCCAAGCAUCUCCUCAUCUGCUGAGCCCUCCGACCAAAAGUGUCUCGAGGUUGGUACUACAUGCUAUCGCUGCCCAGAAACUCUUUUCUCUAACACAUCUUACACCACGUCUCUUGAUCUCUGGUCUACGGGUGUUCUUCUUGCCGAAUGUCUCCGCUCGCCUCCUACCCCGCUCCUCGAAAGCCGACGCGGAGAUGAAGAUGGGAAUCAACUGGGUCUGAUCUUGAGUAUGUUCAAAACCCUCGGGACGCCAACUGAACAGACAUGGCCAGAGGCAACGAAGUGGAAAACAAAUCCGUUUCAAUGGUGGAAUAUUUUCCCAAGUAAACCAUGGGAAGAAUUACUACCAAAUGCUGAGGAAGAUGGAAGAGAUUUGGUCGCAAGUCUUGUUGUCUAUGAAAGUAGUAACAGAAUAACGGCAGAUGAAGCAUUGAAACAUCCGUUUUUCUUUGAAUAAUUCAACCAAACUAUAAGCAGCUUAGCUUGCGAGUUCGCAUUUACAGAUAAGAUAGCCUCUGAACCGGAUUGAAUGAUUUGAUACUCAUUGCUUUUUUCACA